CACAAUUUCUGUGGUAAUAUGAACUACAAUAUUAUGAAUAUCUUCAAGUUUGUUUUCUGAGAUUUCAACAUGAAGAAUGUCACUAAAGCUACCAUGUUUGUACUGAAGGGCUUCACAGACGACCCCAAACUGCAGGUCCUCUUUUUCAUUCUGUUCCUAGCAAUUUAUCUCUUCACUCUCUUGGGAAAUCUAGGGUUGAUUGUAUUAGUCGUUGGGGACUCCCGGCUCCACAACCCCAUGUACUAUUUCCUUAGCGUUUUGUCUUCUGUGGAUGCCUGUUUUUCCUCAGUCAUUACCCCAAAUAUGUUAGUAAAUUUUAUGUCAAAGAACAAAGCCAUUUCAUUCCACGGUUGUGCAGCACAGAUGUUUCUUGGUGUUGCUUUUGGAACCACAGAAUGCUUUCUGUUGGCUGUGAUGGCUUAUGACCGCUAUGUAGCCAUCUACAACCCUCUCCUGUAUGCUGUGACCAUGUCACCUAGAGUCUAUGUGCCACUCAUCACCGCCUCCUAUGUUGGGGGAAUUCUGCACGCUACGUUACACACAGUGGCCACUUUCAGCCUCUCCUUCUGUGGAUCCAAUGAAAUUAGACAUUUCUUUUGUGACAUCCCUCCCCUCCUCACCAUUUCUACUUCUGACACUUACAUAAACCAGCUCCUCCUCUUCUACUUUGUGAGCUCCAUUGAGAUAAUCACCAUCCUGAUUGUCCUGGUCUCUUACGGUUUCAUCCUGUUCACAAUUCUGAAAAUGCGUUCUGCUGGGGGGAGACGAAAAGUGUUCUCUACGUGUGGCUCUCACCUAACAGGAGUGAUGAUUUACCAUGGGACCAUCCUCUUCAUGUAUUUGAGACCAAGUUCCAGUUAUGCUUUGGAACAUGACAUGAUCGUUUCAAUACUUUACACCAUCGUGAUUCCCAUGCUGAAUCCCAUCAUCUACAGUUUGAGGAACAAAGACAUAAAAGAGGCCAUCAGAAGAGUGGGAAAGUUGGGGUCUGAUGUAUUUUUCAUACUAAACAUUACAUGGAAAUAA